CUUCUUAUCCCCCUCAUCUCAUCAUCACUAAGAUUUCGAAAUUAUCUCUCUCCUCUGAAACCCUAGAAAUCUUCUCUCUCUAAAAAUGUCUGGCAGAGGAAAGGGUGGUAAGGGAUUGGGCAAGGGAGGAGCAAAGAGGCACAGGAAGGUCCUUCGAGACAACAUCCAGGGAAUCACCAAGCCUGCGAUUCGGCGUCUGGCUCGGAGAGGGGGGGUCAAGAGGAUCAGCGGACUCAUCUACGAGGAGACUCGUGGUGUUCUCAAGAUCUUCCUAGAGAACGUGAUUCGUGAUGCUGUCACCUACACUGAGCAUGCUCGGAGGAAGACUGUGACCGCCAUGGAUGUGGUCUAUGCUCUGAAGAGGCAGGGAAGGACUUUGUAUGGGUUUGGGGGUUGAGUUUUUAGGGUUUCGUUUGGUUUGGCGUUUUUGGGGGGUUAUUAGGGUUUGUUGGCUGUAAAUGGUGGUUUAGGGGUUAGUUUCAUGUGUUUUUGAAAUUGGGUUUUAGUGUUUUUAAAUGUUUCUAAGUUGAAUGUACUGUAGUCUUAUUUGGAUUGGAAAUGUGUUUGUUCUUCAAUGAUAUUCCUUGAUUUCGGAUCCAAUUA